AUGAGGCUGUUCCAAGCUGUUUGCAAGUGGCUGGACAUGCUGGUAAGUCAGGCCCAAGGCCUGUCCUCAGGAGCCCUCAGGAAGCCGAUGCCAGUGGAUGAUUCAGAUUGCAGCUCUGAUGAUACCAGCAUCUCUGCCUUCUCAUCCACCUUGCUGAACCCCAUCAAAUUAGCUGUGACCCAGCCCAACAGCAGCUUCUUUGCAGGGAUGCUGGAGGGGGAGCUGAACAAACUCAGCUUCUCCCCGAUGGCCAAGAAUACAGAAAAGGAGGACCUGGCCCUCGGCCCCUGCCCAUGCCCAUCUAAGUGCCAAAUGGCCACGAGGGGCCUGCUGGACCUUGACAACCCUGAGCUGGAGACAGAAACCUCCUCAACGCACUCGGAAUCUUCUGUGGUUGUGGACCUGCCGGACACCCCCUUCAUCUUCGAGCACACUGUCAGCAAUUCCACAGCUGUGAUUUCCUGGACCUACGCCUUGGGCAAGCAGCCGGUCAGUUUCUACCAGGUCCUGUUGCAGGAGGCGGCCGAGACACAGGAGAAUGAGUUGCCCAAGGCAAAGAAUCGUCCAUGGAUCUUCAACAAGAUCUUGGGCACCACUGUCAAGCUGAUGGAGCUGAAGCCUAACACAUGUUACUGCCUCACUGUCCGUGCAGCCAACACAGCUGGGGUGGGGAAGUGGUGCAAGCCCUACAAAUUUGCAACCCUGGCCACUGACUUCAGCAGCUUUCCUGAGAACAACCCCAUCCAGAUCACCGUGCGGCGCAAGGAACCCCAGCGAAAGAUCGUGUCCAUCGGGCUGGAGGAGAUGCGGAGGCUGGAGGAUCUGGAAUACCUAUUUCCCUAUUAACAGGGAGGGCCCCAGGACACCCCUCACCAACUUUCAGCUUUGGCCCCGGGCCCUUAGGAACCAGAACUGUAAGACUUACCGUACCACCAGCACCAU